GCUACUACUGCUACUGCUACUGCUACUUCUACUACUACGGCUUCCCACCACCUCGCCGCACCCGCACCACCACCCCUUCGCAGCGGCCCGCGCCCCCGCACCCUCGCACCGCCGCGACCUGUACGCCGGCUAGGCAUGAGCACCGAAGCCGGGUCGCCGCCGACCUCGCCGCCCGCGAAGCGCGUCAAGACGGCGCCGGCCUCCUCUCCCGCCAUGGCCAGCCCUCCUCCUCCCGCCGCCGCCGCCGAGGCCCCGGCGCUGCUCGUCCAGAAGCUCUCGCCGCGGGCGCGCCUGCCGACGCGCGGCUCCGCGCACGCGGCGGGGUACGACCUGUACGCGGCGGCGGCGACGACGGUGCCGGCGCGCGGGCGGGCGGUGGUGGAGACGGACGUGGCGGUGGCCGUGCCGGCGGGCACGUACGGGCGCGUGGCGCCGCGCUCGGGCCUGGCGGCGAAGCACGGCAUCGACACGCUGGCCGGCGUCGUCGACGCCGACUACCGCGGCCCCGUGCGCGUGCUGCUCGCCAACCUCAGCGACGCCGACUUCGCCGUCGCCGAGGGCGACCGCGUCGCCCAGCUCGUCGUCGAGCGCAUCUGCUCCCCCGCCGUCCUCGAGGUCGCCCAGCUCGACCCCAGCGUCCGCGGCGCCGCCGGCUUCGGGAGCACCGGCACGAACUAGAGCGGGAGAAGGAGAAGGAGGAGGAGAAGGAAAGGACGGGGGACGGGAAAGGACGGGGAAUGGAAUGGGGUAAAGGGGCCAAAAAGUCUGAUGGCGGGGGGUGCUAGGACGUGGUAGAGACGGAAGACGGCUGUCGUUAGGCACUAGGUAGAUCGGACCGCAUCAGAUCGGGAUCGGAGCGGAACGGAUCGGUGCGGACGGGAAUAAACUGCGUCUACCUGCCCUAUUCCGUGUUUCUUUACCUGGACCCUAGGAGAGUGAUUUUUCACGCCGUGCCGCAUCUCGGUAGAGUCCAGCUCAGGGAAAAAGUUGAGAGUUCCAUCUCGCCCCAGCACCGCUAGGUCGAGAACGCAGUAGGAACCUGCAAGGUGUAAAUAGCGUGUGCAUCUACGCAUCGUCUGUUUCAUCGCUAGAUACGCGGCGCGACAGCUCUGUCCACUCACUACUACCUUGGGCAAACCCCUAGAUUCCGUCACAGAUGGGUAAGCUUCAAAAGAGCCACGUCCCUGGAUGCCUACCUACACCACGGCAGUUGUCGUCUAUCCAUAUAUUCUUCUAUAUUUCUAUACGUAGGUAUGUACCCGAUGCCCCGCGCUAUAACUUCUGGGCCUUGUAC